AUGCCAAUUAACAGCAUUCUUCAGGAAAAAGCUGUGGCCAAAUGGAAGGACCUAGGGUCACAGUAUAGGCACCGUGACAACAGAUUAUUGUGUGCCAAGAACCUCGCAAAGAAAGACUUCUUCAGGCUCCCUGAUCCUUUUGCAAAGGUUGUUGUGGAUGGAUCCGGGCAGUGCCACUCAACGGACACUGUGAAAAAUACGUUGGACCCGAAGUGGAACCAGCACUAUGACCUAUAUGUUGGGAAAACUGAUUCUAUAACCAUCAGCGUCUGGAACCACAAGAAAAUUCACAAGAAGCAGGGAGCUGGCUUCCUGGGCUGUGUGCGCCUGCUCUCUAAUGCCAUCAGCAGAUUAAAAGAUACUGGAUACCAGCGUUUGGAUCUAUGCAAACUAAAUCCCUCAGAUACUGAUGCAGUUCGUGGCCAAAUAGUGGUCAGUUUACAGACACGAGACAGAAUAGGCACUGGAGGGUCUGUGGUAGACUGCAGAGGACUGUUAGAAAAUGAAGGGACCGUGUAUGAAGACUCUGGGCCUGGGAGGCCCCUCAGCUGCUUCAUGGAGGAGCCCGCCCCUUACACAGACAGCACUGGUGCUGCUGCUGGUGGAGGGAACUGCAGGUUUGUGGAGUCCCCAAGCCAAGAUCAAAGACUUCAGACACAGCGACUGCGAAACCCUGAGAUUCGAGGGUCACUGCAGACGCCUCAGAACCGACCCCAUGGCCACCAGUCACCAGAAUUGCCUGAAGGCUACGAGCAGAGAACAACAGUGCAGGGGCAGGUUUACUUUUUGCACACCCAGACUGGAGUUAGCACAUGGCAUGACCCCAGGAUACCAAGUCCCUUGGGGACCAUUCCUGGGGGAGAUGAAGCUUUUCUAUACGAAUUCCUUCUGCAAGGCCAUACAGCUGAGCCCAGAGACCUUAACAGUGUGAAUUGUGAUGAACUUGGACCACUGCCACCAGGUUGGGAAGUCAGAAGUACCGUUUCUGGGAGGAUAUAUUUUGUAGAUCAUAAUAACCGAACAACCCAGUUUACAGACCCAAGGUUACACCACAUCAUGAAUCACCAGUGCCAACUAAAGGAGCCCAGCCAACCGCUGCCACUGCCCAGUGAGGGCUCUGUAGAGGAUGAGGAGCUUCCUGCCCAGAGAUAUGAAAGAGAUUUAGUCCAGAAGCUGAAGGUCCUCAGACAUGAACUUUCACUUCAGCAACCACAAGCUGGUCAUUGCCGCAUCGAAGUAUCCAGAGAAGAAAUAUUUGAGGAGUCUUAUCGUCAGAUAAUGAAGAUGCGACCCAAAGACUUGAAAAAACGGCUGAUGGUGAAAUUUCGAGGAGAAGAAGGCCUGGAUUACGGAGGGGUGGCAAGGGAGUGGCUUUAUUUGUUGUGCCAUGAAAUGUUGAAUCCAUACUAUGGACUCUUCCAGUAUUCAACAGACAAUAUUUACAUGUUGCAAAUCAACCCAGACUCUUCAAUCAACCCUGACCAUCUGUCUUACUUCCAUUUUGUGGGUCGGAUCAUGGGUCUGGCUGUGUUCCACGGACACUACAUAAAUGGGGGCUUCACGGUUCCCUUUUACAAGCAGCUACUGGGGAAACCCAUCCAGCUGUCAGAUCUGGAAUCAGUGGACCCAGAACUACAUAAGAGCUUAGUGUGGAUACUAGAGAACGAUAUCACCCCUGUGCUGGACCAUACAUUCUGUGUGGAACACAAUGCUUUCGGGCGGAUUCUUCAGCAUGAAUUGAAACCCAAUGGUAGAAAUGUUCCUGUCACAGAGGAGAACAAAAAAGAAUAUGUCCGGUUAUAUGUAAAUUGGAGGUUUAUGAGAGGAAUAGAAGCCCAGUUCUUAGCUCUUCAGAAAGGAUUUAAUGAACUCAUCCCUCAACACUUAUUGAAGCCCUUUGACCAGAAGGAACUAGAGUUGAUAAUAGGCGGCCUGGAUAAGAUAGACUUGAACGACUGGAAAUCCAACACUCGGCUGAAACACUGCGUGGCCGACAGCAACAUCGUCAGGUGGUUCUGGCAAGCAGUGGAGACCUUCGAUGAAGAACGGAGGGCCAGGCUCCUGCAGUUCGUGACCGGAUCCACUCGCGUCCCUCUCCAAGGCUUCAAGGCCUUGCAAGGUUCUACAGGCGCCGCAGGGCCCCGGCUAUUCACCAUCCACUUGAUCGAUGCAAACACAGACAACCUUCCCAAGGCCCACACCUGCUUUAACAGGAUCGACAUUCCGCCCUAUGAGUCUUACGAGAAGCUCUACGAGAAGCUGCUGACGGCGGUGGAGGAGACCUGUGGGUUUGCUGUGGAGUGAAGAGCAACCAAAAGCAACAGAUCUAGCUCACGACCACCAGCCCCAAAGCAUACAGCUUUCUGCGCCUCCCGCAAGACUGGCUGAGGCGCUGGAAUCCUAGAUAACCCGAGGGAAAGCGGUCAUCUCCCCUCCUUUUCCUUGGGGGAGCGAGGGGGUGGGGGGACUUUGGUUGGUGGCUCCCACCCAUACCUUCCUCUUUUAUAACAGUGCUCCCACCCCCUUCCAUCACCCAUCCAAUAAAAUGCAGCCAGGUUUAGCGUUUGGCUUCGGUCACACAGGAAACGACUGAGGUAACGACACCACCAUGCCGGGCCGCUGCCCAGGGUACUGGCCGCAGCUAUGGAACUGAGAGUGGCUUGCUGAGGGCACAUGACUGGUAGCAGCUACACUAGCUGUUCUAUCUCAAAGGCCCAUUUUUUGAGUUCAGCAGCUCCAAUUCCAAAUUUCUUAUUUUGGCAGCCUGCUCCGGUAGCAGAUUAAUUUCCAACUGAAAAGAUAACUGUGUAAGAUAUGCCUGGGGAGGCUCAGGUCGAAACCAUGCUUCCCUUUUGGCAAGGUAAAGGAACCGGGGCAGCUUCAUUGGAAGCCCAGGGUAUUUCUUUUCAGGGUGUCCUGAAAAACUUGUUUUGCAUAGAGAAGAAUCUUUCCUGUUAAGAAUCCUCUUUGCCGCAUUAUCCAUCGGUUCAAAAUAUUUUCCCAAUGAAGUCACCACAUAACCCAGCUUACAGAAGAACAGACCAAAGCCAGCCUUGGCUCCAAGCAGCACGUGAAGGCUCUGGCACCGCACGUCCAAGAGCAUCACUUGGGCCAUUUGAAAACUAACCAGCUGUUAAUGCGGAGAUUGCUCAAAGCUAAACUAACAAAACAGAAUCUGAUUACAGCUGCUGGCUUGGUGCAGACUAGCUUAAACGGGAGACUGGGAAGGGGCCUGGAUAACCUCCAUGACCUAAACCCACACAGUUACUGUUUCACAGAAAGCAGGCGUGGCCGUAAACCUGCCACAGGAGGACACAGUUCCACCCCCACUCAUUCAGCUUGUCUCCACUAACAGCUGCUACUCGCGUCACCUGCCCAGCUGUGUCUGACUGAUGAGUGAGGCCAAAGCAAGACUGGACCCUAAAUUUCUAAUACCAUUUUCCAAUUUGCACAAAGGUUCAGACAGUAUUUUAUCAAGAUGGGUUGAUUUCAGUGAAACUGCAGCAGCAGCAUUUGGUUUCUUUGUUGUUGUUUGUUUUGGGGGUAACACUGUAGCAAGACAUUUCACUGGUGGCCAAGUUCUGAGUGAGUUUGGGAGCUACCCAUGGGGUGAGAGGGGCCUGGAAGGCACACUGGAUGACAUGUGCCUGUGCUUUCUGUUACAGCACCUUUUGGCUGUGGUGGGUUUGGUGAUGCACUUACCUUCUGCCUCUCACCCAUCUUAGGGAGUACAUCUCUCCCAGGAUAAGAGGUUUGCCUAGUUUGGGCCCUGAAUUGUUGGCUGUGGUUCCGAGCUACUUAGCAGGUGUUAAGAUAGAAGGGAUGUCAAGUGGGAUUUGUUGCAGAAGGAAAAUUUACAAAUGGAUAAAGUCUGGGCUAAGUUGUGGGCUUAGUUUUUGGAAAGUUCUGCCUUGCCCCAGUUGGGUUUAUCCUGUGCCUCACUUGCCAGGACGCUUGCUGGUAUUAUGUAGAAACUGGCUUCUGAAGGACUAUCUCCAGUCUUCCUCUGGAAGAGUGGGGAAAUGAGUAAUACUCACCUCUUCCCAGUUAGGUCUUCUCUCUGCCUUGAACCUCAGUGGUAGGAGGAGCAAACGUGCAUCAGAACUGCGAGGCCCUUAAGUGUGAGAUAGGAAGGACCACCUGGCUUCUGUAGUGCUGAGCCAGACCUGCAGUUCACUAGGAAAGAAACGAGAGUUUAAAAGAUUUUGAAACAGAAAUGUAUUCGGCAUCUUUAAAACUACCUUUUUGCUGUCAGGAGUGAGGGUGGGGGGGAGGGGAGAAUGAGCCUUAGGAACGGCAGCUGCCAGCCUCGCAGCUCUAGAGUGUCAGGGGUCACCUCAGCAAGGUCCAGGUGGUGGUGUCGGGCUCCUCCAGGCCUGAGUCUCUGCUUUACCACUUGUGCUGGCUUCUGGGACUCUCAUCGGUGAGUGUCACCAUGGCAUCUGAAAGCCAUGAAAGUUUUCCAGAGCUGCAGUUUACUGUGAUCAAACAGCCCUUUCUAGAAGCACUGCGCUUCUAGAACCGUAACAUCAGCAGUGGCUGGGCCUUUCAAGCCACCCCAAAGAACAUCGUGUGGCAAGCAAACGGUAAAAUCCCCAGUUGCUCCAUUGUGGGUCUGCGUGCACGCGCUCUCACCAUUGCCCUGCUCAGCAUCCCACCCAGAGCGCCCCCACUCUCCUCACCUCUCGGCCGGAUGCUCCAGGGCCCCACGUUCAGACUAGCCUCACUAGCGGUCAUCAGCCGACCCUCAGGGAUGCAGCAAGCCACUGCUCUGCCAGUCUGCAGCUUGGGGUGACAGUAAAUCGAGCUCUCGUGAUUUCUGAAGGAGAGAAUGUCCUUGCUAGAUGGAAGUGUGGCCCCCAAGCCCGCUCCACCGCAGGGCGUGCUUCAGGUUGGGUGGUCCUCAAACCUGAGCUGUCAGGAGUGGCCUUCUGCAGAGAAAACGCUCCCCUGCCCCACCCGCAGCCAGGUGUGCGCCACGUGCAGCCUUCCCGAAACAUAGUAUGAAUUUUAAAAAUUUGUUUAUUUUUGUUUCUCAACCACUUUAUAAUGUAUUUUUUAAUUUAUUUUGUAAUGUCUUGUUUUUAAGUGUUGCUGCUAUCCUUGUUAUCUUCCCACUGUUUUUAUUGCUGAUUUAUUUUGUGGAAGUUGUACACUAAUGUUCUGUUUUAUGUCAAAAUCAGAAGUAUUUAAAGAAAUACUAGUUCUAUUUAAUGUGGUUAUGGAACCAGCUGGAAACACAAAACAAAAACAGUGAUUGUACAGCAGGCUGGACCCGGGAGGUCAGGUUCAUUUUGUUACAUAUGCAAUAAACUCACAACUUUA